AUGGAGUCAGACAGCUUCAAGACCUCCGAGCUCAAGUCGGGCCAUGCGGCUUCGCCAGACCCCGAAAUCGACAUGGACAAGGGUCAAGUCGUUGCGGGCAUCCCGGAUGGACACUUGAAGCGGAACUUUAGCAUGAUCAGUAUCAUUGCGUUAGGGUACAACAACACCAACAGCUGGGUGGCCAUAGCCACGAGCUUCGCGAUUGCCAUACAGUCUGGAGGGGCAGUCUCUCUCCUUUACGGCAUCAUUGUCGUCACCUUUGCCAUGUUUUGCACCGGUGUGACCUUGGCCGAGUUGGCUAGCGUCUAUCCCACUGCUGGCGGCCAGUACCAUUUCACCUCCAUUCUGGCGCCCAGUCGAUGGAGUCGGGCUCUGUCAUAUAGCAGCGGGAUGGCUGCCGUGUUUGCAUGGAUUACUCUUGGGGCUUCUAUCGCGCUGGCCGCGACGGAGGCGCUCAUGGCCGUUGUGAUCCGAUGGCAUCCCUCAUAUGUCGCUGAGAGCUGGCACUAUUUCUUGGUAUAUCAGUUGAUGAAUGCCAUUAUGGUUACCUACAACAUCUUUCUGACCAACAAGACCCUCUGGGUGUAUAAUAUGGCAUUCGUCCUGUCUAUUGCGACCUUCCUUGCCAUCAUCAUAGCUUGCCCUGCACGCUCUUCGGCAGAUAUCAACUCCGCUGAAACAUGGUCUCAAUUUGAUAACGGGUCUGGCGGCUGGUCGAACGGCAUCUCCUUCCUCACCGGUCUCUCCACGCCUCAGUUCAUGUUCUCUGGGCUUGAUGCCGCGCUGCACCUGGCAGAGGAAUGUCUAGAGCCAGCAAGGAUUGUACCGAAGGCUCUUAUUGUCACUGUCUUGGUGGGGCUUCUGACGGGAUUUCCGUUCGCCAUUGCCAUCCUCUACAGCUAUAGCGACAUCGAAGCCUCCCUCGACACGCCAACUGGAUUCCCCAUCUACUUCAUCUGGGAAAAAGCCACCCACUCUGCCGUCGCAGGAACAGUCUUCAUGGUCGCCAUGUUCGUGGUCUCCUUCGUAGCCCUGAACGCCGUGCACCAGACUGCCUCCCGACUCACCUGGUCUUUUGCCCGCGACAAUGCACUGUUCUUCUCCCACCGACUCUCCUCCAUUCACCCUUCCCUGGGAGUGCCAGUCUACGCAAUUUUUCUCAAUGGCUUUGCAGUGCUACUGGUUGGCAUUGUAUACGUUUGCUCAACGACAGCAUUCAACGCCUUCAUCAGCACGACCGUCGUCGUUGCUCAAAUCUCCUUUGCCGUCCCCGCCCUGCUUCUACUCUACCAGCGCCGAGACUCGCAUUACCUCCCUCUCAACCGCCCAUUCAAAGUUCCCAACGCGGUGGGCUACGUUGCAAAUGUAGUCUGCGUGAUAUGGGCGAUCAUUAUAACGAUCUUCUUCUGCUUUCCCACCGAGCUUCCCGUUACGGGCAGUAAUAUGAAUUAUGCUUCAGUUGUGCUGGCCAUUAUGCUGAUUCUGGGCGUUGGGAACUGGUUCGCAUACGCGAGGCGGAAUUACCAUGGCCCGCGGUUGGAGGCCUAG